ACAAGUAAUUCGCGAGUAUAUUCAAGAUUUUUUUAAAUAUGCUUUUUAGAUAUGUAAUUAUCGAGACGAUCUUGAAUUUUUGAUUGAAUAUAAAAAAAGAUUUUAUAUUAUAAAUUCAGCUUUAAGUGAAAAAUUAUUACUAAUUUUGGAGCAAGGAAAAGAAGCCCAAAAAUGAGGAGCUCGACAUUGAUGAUUCUCGUAUCUGUGACAACCAUGGCAGUUUUGACGGGCGAAAUCUUUGCCGCCAUGCCCUUGCAAUGCAAUUCAGGAUUUCUCGAGGAGCUACCACCUAGACUACGUAAAAUCUGUGUCGCUAUUGCUAGAAUAUGGGAUGCCAGGGAGAUGAAUGAUUUUGUCGACAACAGAGAAUAUCGAGAGAACUUACCCCGUUAUGACAGCAGUGUCAAGAGACAAGACGUCGAUCAUGUUUUCUUGCGCUUCGGAAAACGACGUUAAAAAUAAUGGCCUGCUCUGUAUUCGCACAAGCGAUAAACGAUCUCAAGUUCUCUUUCAGUUAUUCGAUCACCCCGUCAUCGAUUCGUAGAACAUUUGCCGAAUGUAAAAAAAAAGAAAGAAUUUACAGUCACUGCGUACGCGCCAAAAGACGAGAUUACCUGAUCCCGUUAUUAACAUUAGCAGCCUUUUUGAUAAUCUUUAUUUUCGUUGUAAACAGCAUUAAGGGAUCAAAUUGGUCUCCUCAAGCGUUCUAGUAUUGAGUCAUCGUGAAAGUAUGUCUUGGAUUUUAAGAGUUUUUUUUUAGUACAAUUUUAUAUCCUUUUUUUGUUCAAUAAAAGUGGUACGUUUAUAGAGGAAUCUUAAUUAAAUGUUUUAUAUUUUAACAUAUUUAUUAAUAGCCAGUAUUCCAUUUUUUGGAACAAAAUUUUUUCUUUAUAUGAAAGAUAAUUGAUUUUUGUAAUAUAAAAAUAAUCUUUUCUUUCUUUUAAAAAUAGGUUUCAGUAUUUAUAAAGUACUUAUAUAUAACACGUUCUAAAAUUUUUAUUUUUUUCGUAAAAUUAGAGAAAUUCACUUCACGAUACUCUUUUAUCAAUCUGAAAUAAAUUUUACAGGCAAACAUGUGUUAAGGCAAAUAUAUCUUAAAAACCGAACGCUAUUUUCACAAAUCUAUAUUAUUUCGCCACGAAUAGAGAAUAUAACUGCAUUACACAAUAAGUGUACUAUUUUAAUCUACACUGUAUCUCGUGAAUGUCUCGAAUUUACUCGUCUAUUAAUUCCAGGGCCUACAUUAACUAGACCUUACAGUUAGAUUAACAUCGCCACUUUUACGAAUGUAGGAACAUUGUGCCGUAUCGAUUUUCGCGCGACUACUAUUUCCAAUUAAUCACUCUCAUCUUCGCGCCGUUUGCCGGAUACAAUGACUCUCUGUAUGAAAGUAAAGGUUAUUGUAUAAAGUUCACACAUUAUUUAUUUUAUAAAUCAAUUAUCCCAUGUUUCGUAAUACGAUCAGUAACACUAGUGGCAAUUAAUUUGAAGAUGAUAUAAUUAAAUUAGGUAUAAAUUAAAUUGAGUUAAUCUCGGAAUAUCAAGCAAUAUUUUAAAUUCACAUACAAGCAUUCAUUUGCCAUUUAAUUUUGUUUAUUCAAUCAAUUUGUUUUUAUAUUUUUCUGUACAAGAUGCAAAAAGUGGAAACAUAGCAUUAUUAGAAAAAAUUGAGAUAAAUCUUUUCUAAGUAAAAAGUAUUCAAAAAAAUCUGUUUAUAACUUUUCAAGAUUCAAUGUAUAAUAUAUCAAAUCUCGAGUAAAAAUUUUUAUUAAAAUAAAUUGUAAAUUAAAAAACUAUAUAUAAUUUAAUAUUUUACAUUAUUUUUAUUAAUGAAUAUUAUUUGUAAAUUUAAUAACGCUAUGCAUUCACUUAUAGCCAUUUUUUGAGAGGCGGCCUUUGUUACAAAAGAUGGUAUUUAUUACAAAAGAAGAUAGGAAAGAUAUGAAGUGUACACAGCAAUUUGAAUAAAUAGAGAUUAAAUAGUGGAAAUAGUGAAAAUAUAUAAGUAUAAAUACCUUGUAUUAUGUGAUCUAGAGUUGAAAUAGAAGUUUUCAUUCAAUCUUUAUCAUCAAUUGUUUAAUUUACAGUUUUACUUGUAUUAAAAUAAGACAUGUACCGAAGCUUCGACUGGUUUCGAAAGACUGCAUUCUUUUCGACAUCUCUUAUAUAUUCGCAUAAUUAUUUAUAUAUGUAUAUUAUCAUGGAUCAAACAGAAAUACGAAGAUGCUAAUGCAUUAACAUAGAUAUAUAAUUAAUAAUGCAUUAGCAUAGAUACAUAAUUAUUCAGAUAGCAAAUUUAUUCUAUAAUUAUAUAACAUUUUAUAUAUAGCUUUCAAUGAAUAUUAAACAUUUUAAUAAAAUAAAAAAAAACGAUCUAUGAAUCUUCUCACACAGCAUUCAUAUGCAAAAAAUUUAGGAAAGACAUAUUUUUGAGAUAUCGAUAUCUUCCGGAUAUCUUCUAAACAUCUUAUAUUUAUGCUUUGUGGGUACAUAAAAUUUCAAAAUAAUAAUGUUCUAAAUGUAAUUAGUUCUAAGCAGAUUUAUAAAAUAUUCUUUUAAAAACUUCUUCUAACACGAGAAUAUUCUAUAAAGAUUCAUAGAUAAUUAUGUAAAAAUAUCCUCAAAAUACUAUAUUUGACGUUAAAUAAAAUAAUCAAAGAAUAUGUUGUGCUAUCAGAGUAAUUAUACAUGUGAAAUAAAUAGUAUAAUUAUUACAACAGGUAUAUACGUAUACAUACACAUCUAUAUAAAGUAAUUCUCUCAGAAUACUUGUUGGUUUUUAUAUUAUAUGUAUAUAAUUAUACCAUCCCUCUUCCCAUCUGUUGCGCGAUGAUUAGGGCUUGUUGCGCGUUGAUUAA